GUAAAAAAAAAAUUGCCGAAUUCAAAAUGAAAAUUAGACAUAUGCACACCAUAUAACGACGCGCACACUACCUACACUACGGCUUGUUUGCAUUCACGCUGAACAUGUUUUACAUAAAGUUGUACAAUUUUGUUUGUGUUUUAUUGUUUACUGUAGUGCUACCGUUACCGUCUGCCAAGCCAAACAAAACUUGCGGAUCGGAGUACAACGAUGAAGUAUCGUCGUCGGAGAAAAUACUUCGGUGGUUGACCGAUCCAUGUCGGUACGACAAAACAGUGGCUCCCGGAAAACUCGUCGCACACAAUCCAAUCGUCGUGUUCACUAGGAUUCAUGUCUACCAUUUGACUUCUGUGUACCCGCGAAACCUGGACUUUAAAGUACGGAUACUGUUACAAUUCCGGUGGAAAGACGUCCGACUAGCAUUUGACAAUUUAGCACCGAUGGACUCUUCCGAAGUGGUAUGCCAAAAGGGUAUAUUGGAGCGAAUAUGGUUACCGAACGUGUACAUUGCCAACGAGAAACACUCACUGACGGUGGCCGACAUGACCGAAGACCUGAUGGUCACUGUGUUACCGGACGGGACCGUGAUGUUAUCGGUCAGGUUGAAGACAUCCGUGUUUUGUUGGGUGAAGCUAGGCAGAUUCCCGUUCGACCGCCAACAGUGUCAUUUGAUCAUGGAAACCUGGAGGUACGACACCACACAGUUGGUGCUUGAAUGGGAAGUAGAAUCACCGGUCACCGCAGCCCUGAAUGAUAACUCGUGGGUGCCUUAUCUGACGGAAUACAAAUUGCUGAAAAUUAUACCGCACAGCUCCGAACACUACGUUGAACCAAUUUCUCUGGACCCGACUUCUACUUACCGUUACACAUCGUUGACGUUAACGUUCCUAUUGGCCAGAGAGUACGGGUUCUAUAUCAUGGACUAUUACGUGCCUGGCAUAUUGUUGGUGACAAUUUCGUGGGUGUCGUUUUGGAUGGCACCCGACGCGACACCCGCGCGUGUCGCAAUCGGUACAAGCACAAUGCUCACAUACUUCCAGCUGGGUGUCGAUACGGGUUCCAAGCUACCUAAUGUGUCCUAUAUUAGAUCCAACGACUUGUGGUUUAUCGUGUGUACCGCGUUCAUAUUUCUCUCGUUGGCUGAAUUCGCGUUUGUCAACACGAUAUGGCGAUACGGUUGUCAUCCCGUCAAGUUAAAAAGCAAAUCCAACAAACAAAUGUUUAAGUCAUCGAUCAAAGCGAGCAAAAUGUCCAAGGGGAUAGUCAAUAACGACCGACCGCGACAAACCAUCGCAGCCGGCAGUUUAUUUCUCGACGGAAUAAGGCUACAGAACAAUAUAAUGUCGAUGUCAUACAACGUUGUCUCCGUUAUGGUGAAAAUAACCAAUACGAAAAACAGCAUUUCAGAAUAGAUAUCAAGUGAAAACUGUAUUACGCCUGCAUUGUACACUAUAUAAUAUUUACUAUAUUAUAGUACGGCUAAAGAAAAGGAGCCACCAUCAUAAUUCUUAUCGUCCGUUUUUCACCAGAGUUAUAGUCUAUAUAUAUAGGCUAUACUGCUAUAGUAAAUCUAAUUUAUUGUUUCCCUGCGUAAAAAUAAUUAUGUAGGUAUUAUAGUAUUAUACCUAAGAAAAAAAAUUAAUGUGUUCUCAGAUGUUGACUCUAACUAGUGACUGUAGAUAUUUGAAAUUUUUGCAAGCUGAUCCUAAUAAUAUUUUGUAUAAUAUGCACUACCAAUAUAUUAUGAUUUAAAAUUUGUUCAAUUCGUGAUUUAAUAUUCGGUGAAAUACUGUAGUGCGGUGUUCAAAACAUCCAUAGGUGACAUACAAACUAGAUGUACCUAUAGACCUUAUGUAUAGAUAAUAGAUAUUAUAUAUUCAAUAUCUAUACUAGAUUAUAAGUUACCUCUAUAAUAAUACCUUAAGUAGGUAUAGGCGGGACGCGGGUAUAAUAUAGUUUUUAUUUUUAUUUUUAUUUGUUCUUACAUCUUUGCUUAUUUAGUUCUUCCUAACAACCCAUCAUUUUUGAAAAGUUCAAUUGGUUUUUAGUAUUAUAACAAGAAAUGUAUUGGCAUUGCAAAUUAAAACAGUAACAGUUUUAGAAUAUUAUAAUAAUAUAAAGGUACCUAUACCCGGUAUAGGUACCGUUAUUAUUGUCUCAGUGCCUCAUGAAAUCGAUUUCAAUUUUAGUUUAAUUUUUGUUAUGAAGGGUGGGGGGAGUGAUGCAUAGGAUAUAUAGGAAAAUUAAGACAAUUUUUGGCGGUCCAUAUUUUUUCCUUCCGCGGGCCGGACAUGGCCCCCGGGCCGCCUAUUGUCGACCCCUGCUAUACCGUAUACCAGAUGUCCAGAUACCUAUGAGACUAUAUACAUACAAAUAAAAUAUUCUACAACCUUCUAGGUACCUACUACCCAUGUCUUAUACCUAUUUCCUU